CGAAACUCGGUCUCGGAAAAAGAAGUUUUUCAUCAUUUUAAUCACGACGAAAAGCCAUAAAUGUACUUCCAUUAGAGCUGUAAGGAAUCUCUGUUACAUUUCGGUAGGGAAAAUGUCGCGAUAGACCCAAAGAACGACACAAAAAAGGAAGACAAGUGCGGUUGGCCGACUUUUGGGGUGAUUAAACGUCGGUGCAGCACACAACGGAGAUGUUGCCAGACAUCUGGAAAUCACAUCUUUUGGAUUCUAUUAAUACAUAAUUAUAUUUUUGGUGUGUUAUCGGUUUCUGAACCAGACGCAGAACAGAAGCAGCAGCAAUUAAAAUGUUAUUUUUUCGGUCGAGUCCAUUGCGGUUAUUCAUGAUAUGCGGCUUUACGGCAGUUUUUAUACUGACUGUGACCUUUUGGAUCAACUGCAGUGAUUAUGCGUUCACGUUGCCGUCGUCGUCGUCUGCGUCGUCGAUGGCGGCUCUGAACGCAGCGAACGGGAAUGGUGUUGGUGGCAAUAAUAAAGGGUCCUAUUAUGGUGAACCCUUUGAAGAUAUUGAGUGCAAUAUAAAUGCGGAAUACAUAAUUUCGUGCAAGAAGCAGGGCAGCGAGGUUUAUUUGCCAUUCUCAUUCAUCCAAAAGUACUUUGAGGUGUAUGGGUAUGUGUCGCAACAGAGUGGCACAGUUCGAUUUGAAUGGUCUCACAGCCAUGGGAAGAUCAAUAAACCACGUGGAACGUACAAUCCACGGGGAAUUUUCAUGUAUUUCGAUAAUUAUAAUGUAGAGAUGCGUGAUCGUGUAAAAUGCAUUAGCGGGAUCGAUGGUGUCCCCAUUUCGACACAAUGGAGUGCCGACGGGUACUUUUAUGCAACACAAAUCGCUCAAUUUGGCCUUUCGCACUACAGUAAGAACUUUACGGACCAAGAACCAAGACGCCGUGUCCUGGAGAACGGCGACGACGAACGUGGCACCUGGACAAGCACUGGCAACAGCAGCUUAAAUGUCGUCUAUUUUCCCGACAAGUACAGCAACUGUGUAAAUUUCUCCACACUCACGACGACGACGACGACAACGCUGACGACACUUGCAAAAAAAUCAAUACUAACCAGCAGCACAAUCAAUCAAUCACCUGAACCUAGUUCCAUAUCAAUUACAAACCUGAAUCAUACCUUAGACCUAGUACUUAGCAUAGAUUUAUUAACACUUAGUAGCGACGGCGGCACAAGUUUUACGGUGCGACUGCAGCACAGCCACACGCCGGAGAAAAUUUUCAAUCUCACCUACGUGACGGGCUCCGACGUGUUGAUUCACGCCGAAAAUGACAAUAUUGAGUAUGGCUUGGGCACGCGAACCGACGGCAUUUGGCGUCAUAUCGUGCGCGAUCUCUUCAUCGACCUGCAAAAAGGCCUACAAUUCCAGAGUAGCGGCGAAAAACGCAAGAAAAUUCGUCGUUCGGAAAUUCGUAUUCUCGAAAUUUCGCUUUCGGGCAAGGGAGUUUUUGAUAAUCUCACACUUGCCACAUCGGAUCACAUGGCGCACUUUUUCGACGCUGCCGAGUGGCUCGUGAAAAAUCAAAAUAAAACGUCUGGCGGUUGGCCGAUUCCGGUGCGACGAAAAUUGGGGUCGGGAUUUCUUGAACUCGCCGCUGGAUGGUAUUCCGCCAUGGCACAGGGACAUGCAAUUUCGCUGUUGGCACGCGCUUAUCAUGCACGCGGCACCCGAAAGUACUUGAAAGCGGCCGUAAACGGGCUAAAAUUGUUCAAAGUGCCAUCGUAUCAGGGCGGGAUCCAGGCAAAGUUCCUCGGAAAGUACGUGUGGUACGAGGAAUAUCCGACACAACCGCCAUCUUAUGUACUAAAUGGCUUCAUUUAUUCACUUUUGGGGCUAUUUGACCUAAAUGCCAUUGCACCAUUGAAUUAUUCCACGGAAGCGGGACAACUUUUCGACCAAGGCAUGAUCGCGCUCAAGAAAAUGCUGACACUUUAUGACACCGGAUCGGGAAGUACGUACGAUUUGCGACAUUUUUCGCUCGGAAUCGCACCGAAUCUCGCCCGAUGGGACUACCAUGCCACGCAUGUCAAUCAGUUAUUGCUUCUAGCAACAAUUGACAAAGAUCCCGUCAUCAAGGCGACCGCGGAACGAUGGAAAGACUACAUGCGAGGUAUUCGCGCCCAACAUAACUAAACAAAAAAAUGAAAAUAUGGAAGGUUGUUAGUGAUUUUUUAUAGAAGACAUGAAGCACGAGAACAAAAAAAACAUAAAAAUGAAGCGACUUUACGAACGACUUGUAUUUUUUAGCUCAAUUUUUACGUUUUAAAAUUAAUUUUUAUACAAAUUGUUGACUGUACUAAUACUAUAUUUAUUGUUAGACCUGAAACGGAUGCUUGAAUUAAACAAAAAAAGUUUUUCUACACGGAUUUACCGAACCAGUUUCGGCCUUUAUUGUACAAAAUUUGCCAUUCUUCGCAAUUUCUCCAACGCAAUUAAAAUGGAGUGAUUCGCUAAAGAACCUUUUUUACUUAACUCACUUACUUUUUAAGACAUAAUUUUUUAGUUUUUAAUAAAAAAAUUAAUUUAUUUCUGAAAAAAAAAAAAAAAAAACAGGACACAAAGUCUACGUAAUAAAAUUAAGAAAUAAUAACAAAUAUCGUGAUAAUUAUUAGAGAAGAAACUGUUACAAUUAAUAUUAUUAUUUUUAAUAAAAAAAAAACAUAAAAAUAUCCAAUAACGUUGUACUAAAAAAAAAUAUUAAAAAACUGGAAAAUACAGUAAUUAAGUAGUUUUGUAGCGAAAAGGGAUUAGAAAUAGAAAAGUCAAUAAUAAAAAAAAAUCAUUUCUAAAAAAAUAUAUAUUAUUGAACAAAAUAAAGUACAUAAAUA